UGUUUAACAUCUGCACCCAGAGUUUUUAAAUCCUGAGAUCUGAGCUCUGAUUGGUCGGAUCAUCCAAACAGAUUAACAUGAAGGACACCAGGGACACCAGAGACACCAGGGACACGUAGAGAUACCAGAGAGUUCAGAGACACCAGAGAGUUCAGAGACACCAGAGAGUUCAGAGACACCAGGGACACCAUAGAGACCAGGGACACCAGGUUGGACAGGUAGGACAUCUGUUUUGAUUGGCGUUGGUACUUAGUUUGGAGCCUCUGAAGGAGACAGUUGGAGGACAACUGAGGACAGGUGAGGACAGAUGAAGCCCUGACCCUGUGUCUGAUGGUCUUCAGAGGACCAUGUUUGCGGGCCGAGCGUCAGCUUCAGGGGCAGCGGGACCGUCUGCAGCGGCGGCCGGAGGGAAGUCGGGGAAGUUCUCGGUGGAGGAGCUGUACGGCUUCAACAAGAAGCCGAAGGUGAACAGAGGGAAUUCUGGGAAACAGGAGAAAAGCGACGGGAGGAGGAAGGAGAAGGAGGAGUCGGCUCUGGCCUCUCAGGUCCUGGAAGCCGCCCGCAGGCUGAUGGAGAGACGGAGGCUGGAGAUCUACCUGAAGGAGUGCGACAUCACCAUGGAGACCAACAGCAUGCCGUACAGGAAUCUGGGAAAAUCUGGACUCAGAGUGUCGUGUUUAGGACUGGGAACGUGGGUGACGUUUGGUUCUCAGAUCUCUGAUGAGAUGGCUGAGAACGUUCUGACCGUGGCCUACGACCGUGGAGUCAACCUGUUCGACACGGCCGAGGUUUACGCCUCAGGCAGGGCGGAGACGACUCUGGGGAACAUCCUGAAGAAGAAGGACUGGAGGAGAUCCAGCUACGUGGUCACCACCAAGAUCUACUGGGGAGGACAGGCGGAGACAGAGCGGGGGUUGUCACGGAAACACAUCAUCGAAGGUCUGCGCGGUUCUCUCUCCAGGCUACAGCUCGACUACGUUGACAUAGUUUUUGCAAACAGGAGCGACAUCAACGCACCGAUGGAAGAGGUGGUCCGAGCCAUGACCUUCGUCAUCGACCAGGGCCUGGCUAUGUACUGGGGAACCUCCCGCUGGAACGUUGUGGAGAUCAUGGAGGCGUAUUCUGUGGCCCGGCAGUUCAACCUGGUUCCACCGGUCUGUGAGCAGGCCGAGUAUCACUACUUCCAGAGAGACAAGGUGGAACUGCACCUGCCAGAACUCUACCACAAGAUAGGGGUUGGGGCUAUGACCUGGUCUCCGUUAGCCUGCGGCCUCCUGACGGGAAAAUACAACGAGGGCGUCCCAGAGAGCUCCAGGGCGGCCAUGAAGGGUUACGCGUGGCUGAAGGAACGUCUCUGCAGUGAUGAAGGGAAGAAGCAGCUCAGUAAAAUCAAGGAGCUCCACCUACUGGCCGACAGGAUGAACUGCACCGCGGCACAGCUCGCUAUAGCGUGGUGUCUACGCAGUGAAGGUGUCAGCUCGGUUCUGCUCGGAGUCUCCAACACAGAACAGCUCCUGGAGAACCUCGGUUCCAUCACGGUGCUGUCUCAGCUGACUCCGCCCCUCAUAAUGGAGAUGGACGCGUUGCUCGGCAACAAGCCGCGAAGCGGGAAGAAGGAGGCGAAGAGUUGACGAUGAGGACGAGGAAGAGGAGACGUCGUCGUCAUGGAGACGAUCAUAAAUAUUUAUCCUUGUGUUUAAAGAUAAAAAUAAAGAGUCAGUAAAUAAUAAAACAAGUGAAUGGUCUGAAACGUGUGUGAUGUAGAACCAGUGUUCAGAACCUUUGUACCGUUUGUGUUCCUGUUGUGUUGUACUUGUUCAGUUUUCCUCUGUAGCCACUUCAUGAAUGAACUGAGCUAGACUGUGUCAGGGGGCGGAGCCAGAGAGAAAGCCUGGUUGCCGUGGUAACAGCCUCUCGAUGAUCGACCUCCCUUUGAGGAACAGAAAACCCAGAGUUGCCUCAUUUCAGGGUUCUCAACAAAACCAGGUUCUGAAACGGACCCAGGAUCAUUAGAACCAACAAACAACCAAACGUUUUGUUUCUACAGCAACAGUUGACAAGAAUGUGUCAACGGAGCAACUGUAACAAACUGGCCCAACUCUUCCACUGGUACUUGUUGGUAGUUUUUGUUGCCCGUCUCUCUGUUGCUCACAUCACUGUUGCUAGUCUGUGUUGCUAGUUUUAGUUGCUCGUGUAUUUGUUGCUCAUCUCUCUGUUGCUAGUUUUUGUUGCUCGUGUAUUUGUUGCUCAUCUCUCUGUUGCUAGUUUUUGUUGCUCGUGUAUUUGUUGCUCAUCUCUCUGUUGCUAGUUCUUGUUGCUCGUGUAUUUGUUGCUCAUCUCUCUGUUGCUAGUUUUUGUUGCUCGUGUAUUUGUUGCUCAUCUCUCUGCUGCUAGUUUUUGUUGCUCGUGUAUUUGUUGCUCAUCCCUCUGUUGCUAGUUUUUGUUGCUCGUGUAUUUGUUGCUCAUCUCUCUGUUGCUAGUUUUUGUGUGGCUCUUUAUUGCUAGUCUCACUGUUGCUAGUUUUUGUUGCUCGUGUAUUUGUUGCUCAUUUCUCUGUUGCUUGUUUUUGUUGCUCGUGUAUUUGUUGCUCAUUUCUCUGUUGCUUGUUUUUGUUGCUCGUGUAUUUGUUGCUCAUCUCUCUGUUGCUAGUUUUUGUUGCUCGUGUAUUUGUUGCUCAUCUCCCUGUUGCUAGUUUUUGUUGCUCGUAUAUUUGUUGCUCAUCUCUCUGUUGCUAGUUUUUGUUGCUC